AUGCUCGUCGAUGUCACGCAGUCCGAUCUCGAAGGCAACGACAUCCCCGCAGAGGCAGGGCCGACUCAGCAAGCCACGGCCAACUUCGGGGCGGAGGUAGCGUGGCCGAGAGCCGCUUUGCAAGCCCAGGAUGCCCCAGAUGCUGCCAAAGCAUUUCAGGCCUUGUCAACCUCGAUGGCCUCCCCCAAGUUUAGCUUCGGUUCGCGAGCAAAGGGAAGCCAAAGCAGGCCGAAAGCUCCAGGUCCUGGAAGCUACAUGGAUCCAAGUGCAGAUCUGAAUUCCAGGCACAAGAGGCUACCUCGCUUUGGCUUCGGCACGGACAGCCGGUUGGUCAAGUUGGUGAAUCGCACGCCGGGUCCCGGCUCUUACUCGGUCACAAUGGUCCUUGGGAGUGCCAACAAAGUCUCGUGCACACCCAGACGAGAGGUGAAGCAGACGAAGCCUCGCCAAAAGGCACCGGGUCCAGGUGCCUACAACUUGCCAGAAUUCAGGAGCGGCGGCCCCAAGGUUAGCAUCACGCCGCGGCGGGAAUGCAGGGGCCAGGAUACAAGUGAGGCUGAGCAGACGCCCGGCCCCGGGGAGUACCAUCAAAAUUCCAGCUCCCGGACGCCUCGGUUCAGCUUUGGCACUGCGCGACAAAGAGCUCGCUUGCAGGCCGAGUUGGGUGCAUCUACUCCUGGUCCCGGGGCGUAUCGUAACCACGACGAGCUGCCCCACGACCCCUCCAAUCUGAGGGCGAGCCAUCGAUAG